GAGGUGAGAGAGCACAGUGAAGUGGUGGAGUGGAGUCCAGGGACGCAGGGACCGUCGUUGCCGUCGUGUGUCGGUAACCGUCGAGCUGCUCCGCUCAAGAACACCUCGGUUCCCGCCGAAAUGGCGAAAGAACACUGGAGGAAGAAUGUGCAUGGCCAAAAUUAGCCUUUCAACUUUACUAUCAUGACCACGGAGGAUUCGGCAGGGAAACCCCACAAAGUGUGGAGCUGUGAUCGACAAACGAGAAAAUGCGUGGUGGCUUCUUGCCUAGACGAGCUUCGAACAAAAGGGGCAGCGAAAUUGGGGUACAGCAACCCAUUUGACCUGAAGAUUGUCCUGGAGAUAGACGGAACCGAAGUGGAGGAUGAGAACUACUUCCAGCGUGCGGAGAGGGACACGGUAUUCCUCAUGCUCCAGCCCAGCGAGAAGUGGCUGCCGCCGGGAGUGGAGGCACUCAGAGCAGCCAUCACAGCAAUACCUCGCAUCGUGUGCGACGCCAUCACCAGCCUGGAGCUCAUGGACCUCCAGCCCUCGUGGAAGAUCAUGGACAACAAGGGGCGCGUCACGGUGGUGCUCCACUGGGACCAGCAUGAAAAGUGCCACCGGCGCCCGGGCUCCGAGCCGGGCGGGAUCCUCCGCGUCGAGGUCAGCUCCCAGGAAGCCUCGCAGGCGGAGCAGGACGCUGCUUCGCAAGGCGCGACCAUCGCGACGGGCGGGGCGGGCACGCGGACCAGGCUGACGCUGGAGGGCCUCGGACCGCGGCCCGAGCACCGCUCUCUCCCGCGGACCAGUUCCCGCGAGAGCGCCUCCGGCGGGAGGGAAGGGGCAAGGGACGGAGGCGGGACGGGCAGUCCGGACCACAACCACACCCAGUGCGACUUCCACUGCGCCGCACUGCACGGCUCGCACCAGAUCCAAGUAAACAAGUCGGUGGCCACCUCGCCCAUCCAAGAGUUUCCCCGGGGCCCCUUCCCAGGCCCCUCAGGUCUCCAAAGACCGCCCUCGGGGCCCACCCCAAAGGGCCACGUCCGCUUCCUUGAGGUCACCGAGGAGUCCCGCAUCCCCGCCAUGGUGGCGGACGACUCGGAGUCCGACACGGACAACACGGCGUGCGAGGAGGAGCAGCUGUCGGAGCGCUACCUGCUUCUGGUCGACCAGCUGUCACUGGAGCAGGACCGGCACCUCACGGUUCGGGACAUCGGAGUCAUCCUGGAGCGACUGAGCUCGCGCAUCGUUGACGUCGACCGGCUGGAGCGGGAGCGGGAGAGUGCAGACGUCCACAACUGGACUAUCAAGGCCACGCUGCGUGGGGAAGUGCUCAGGGAGAUUGGGGUCAUCUACAACGGACAGUACUAUGGCAUCAUGGAACACCCGGGGUACUUUUGAUAAGAGGUCCGCACGUUUUCCCGUGUUCCCCUUGUCGGACGGCCGUUUGCAAAGCUCGCAACUGCCGUUUCGGUCAGUCGCCGAGUGUGCCCGUGGGCCGAGCGCCGACACUGUUUCGUGGCGGUGCAUUCGAAGGCACGGCUCUCUCAACGAGAGCCCCCGCCACGCAGGCCACGUGCUCACUUUUGUUGAGAAGCCCACGUCACAGUUUUUAGGUGUGACCUUCGUUAGGGGUGUUGCGGUUUUUGUUUGUUCCUGCUCACUGCCUAGUCUUCCUUCCCUUUCCUCGGUUUUCUCGUUUGAUGUUGGAAAUAGCAAUUUGCGCGCGGAUCGCACGGGCACGCGUGGGUCGGCACCCACGGAAGUGGUUUCCGCGUUUGUGGAGGAAUGACCUCGUUUUCUCGGGACUUGAUGUUGAUUGCUUUCCUCGACGCAUCUUUUUCGUUGUUCCCCUAAUUAAGGAUUGGUGCUAAAGCGAACCGUUAAUGCUACUGCCAUGUCUUCUAAUUGUCGCCGCUUCCAGGGCUGCCCCUGUGCCGCGCGAGCCCCCCUCCUCUCCCCCCCCAGUCAUGUAUAAGCGAGAGAAACAUUGCUCCGAGGUCUGUUUCUCCCGAACCCAAGCCUUGCACUUCUUGCACCACUCCUCCUGCUCAAACUUCUCCACUGAGGCCCCCUUUGUGAACCCUUUGGACAGACCCGUCUGCAGCCGUUCGGUUGGCGAGCCCCGUGCAGAGCAACACUGCCACCGUCUUGAGUGCCGGCUCCGUUGUCUCGAGUUGGCGUCGACUUUGCGGCGUUCGGGGGCUUCUCUCGCAAAGGUGACCGUGCAAGCCGAGAGAAUUCACUGCCACCGCUCACCCUUGGCCGUUCGAGCGAAGUUGCUAGUCUCUUUUGCACAUACUACCUGGAUUGUGGCAAUAUUUCUAUACCUUUCGACAGUUGCCCGAAUGCGAGUUCGUGGUCACGCUCGUCGGUUACGCUCGUCUGCUUUUUUCUCGGCUUGGCAAGUGCGUCAAGGUUCUUCGCUCGUUUUUAUUAUUUUUUUUUUUUCGUGGUGCUUCGUGUGGUAAGAUUUACCCCACUAGGGCACCUGGCACAUUUGAAGCAUAAGUCUUUUGUAUAUACAUAUGCAUGUGUGUGUGUGCAUGUGUGUGGGUGUUUGUACAUACGUGUAACCAUAACAAGGGGAAACACUCCGCAGGAUAUCAACAUCCUCGGGAUAGUACAACGGCACGCCAUCUUUUCACUGUCGAGGGGUUUUGAUAUUAACAACUGCUUUAUUGACAUUUCCUCCAUUGAGCUCUCGUCGGGGCCUAGACCGUUUUUUAACAAUCGCAAUUGGUGUAAGUCCUACGUUCCUGUUCGAUUGUUGCACUUUCUUGGUUACCCUGGGUUGGCGUCUCGAACGGGCAUUGCACCUUCCAAAAUGGCUCCAGGUUGAUGUGGAUUGUGCAGCCUUAUUCUUUUUUGUAGUCCAGUAGUUUGAGCAAGGUUUCUCGUCCCAGCCGUGCAUAAUUGUUUCUGUGUAUUUUUUCUUUCUUUUGUUGAUCAUUUUGACGAAUUUAUUGUCGGCACGCACGCUCACGUCUCUCAACACAUCAUGCCCCCAAAGUUGUUGUCGUUGUUGUUGCUGUUGAAAUGCGGGGAAUUCAGAGGCUCAAGUCGGUAGAGUUUGAAGCGCGCUGCACUCACUCGUCUCUCGGCCGUUCGUUUUUUCGGUACUAGUCAUCGAGCGACCCGCCGUUUUUGUAGACUGUUCCAUUGCCCCGCUAUUCGGAGGCUCAUGGUAACAACAGCGUGUAAAUUUUUGUUUCUUAGAACUAAACUGCUAGUGUUUGUUGGGUGCAGUGGGAAGGUUUUCUCGAUGGCGCUUAGUACGGGACAAGCAACGUCGGCACAAGUAGUGGUGUUGGUUCCCCGUUUGUUUACGCACCUAAUUUGCAUCUCCCUCUGGGAGCGUUUCCUCGACCAACACCCGUGGUAGCGGUGUGCGUCGAGACUGUCGACGCACCGUGGCAGGCAGCGGCAGAUUGCGACGAAAAAAGUCGUACGUAGUGUAGGUGUGUCUAGCAUUUGCAAUCUCCUUGUCUCCCACCUCUCCACCUCCUUUCACUCUCUAUCUCCUUUAGUAGCUGCACACCCUUUCCCAAACAUCUCCCUCUCCCCUUCCCUUUCAGGCUGUCUAAGGCAUCCCAUCGUCAAACUGCCAUUUAUGGGAAAGAAAAAAAAAACUAAGUAAUUGUUGCCAUAGUUUUAUAAUUGUAUAUAGGAGAAUUAUAAUGAAAAAGAAAAUGACUUAAUACCUUAACAAAUCUACAGAUUAUAUGUACAUAAACAUGCAUUACUGGACUAUACCGCAACUAGAGCAUGCAUGUAACCUCUUACCGAUUAUGCAGGACAGUGAAAGCGGUACGGCAGCGGGGAGUUGUUGUUGGCGUUUGAAGUAUCCUUUUGGUCUUCCGCCAGGUGCAUUAUUGUUGGAUGCAUUAAGUUGUCUGUUGUCAUUGAUUCCCCCUUUAUAGACGAGGUCUCCAGUUAUUUGUUUUUACCUCCGGUGAAAUUUCUCUGGGAAGGGCCUUUCUCGUGUGCUCGUUGUUCUUGUGGCAUGGUGCAUUGCAUGCCUCUCUGCAGGAAGGUUUUAAACCCAGCUUCAAUUGCUGUUUAGGCGCUCGCUCUUAAAUUGCGGUCGCAGAGGCGUUGCGACCGAAAUGCCCCAGCACGAAACUCCAGGGGCUUCGAGAUCAUUUUGAGGAUGGUCAGCUGCUAUUCUGAAGGGCGUUGCCAUGUCUCCAAAUCGGGUUGAUAUAAACCCUGUCAUGCAACAAGGCUUGGAGUUGGGUUGCUAAAUAAGCUACACUUCAGAGUGUCGCUUAUUUAGCAUUUUAGCACCGUUCGGCGAUCUCGGUGCUUAAAAUUAUUGUUGCUAAUUGUCCGAAGCUUUACCUGAAAUUGCAGGAAACAGUUUUCUGUCCUCCAGAAACGUUGGAGCAGCCCGCGACGGAGCAAAACGUUAUCGCCCGAGCCCCCUGGCACCAUGUCCGAGGCUCCGGAAGUGACGUUUUUUAAUCUUAACAAUCGCCAGUUGCGCCUGCUUUACGGAGUGCCAACGUUCUAAGCGUACCUCAUUCAGUGGAUCCAGCCCAUAGCUUGCCCGCGGCACUUUAUGAGUUUAGUUUCGAACAACCAAAUACUUGAUGCUUGGACACAGGGUGCUUUAUCCAAAUGCUGGUACCGCAUUCCGAAUCUUGCUUUUCCUCGGAACAUUUAUAAAAUAUUGAAUUAUAAGUCCUUCUCAUUCUUUUUGCAUUUUUAAAGCUUAUUACCUUGUUGUUAGUGUGAACUUUAAGAGUAACCCGCCACAUUUCUAGCGAGCAUAGUUUUUAGCAUUGAAGCACCCCGGGGUCGGCUUUGGUGGCUUUAAUAGGCUUGUUCAAGAGCAUCUUUCACGUUUUCUUGUCCUAGCAAAAAUGUCAGUUUUGUGUCGAAGUUUACCCUGGGCAUCAAUUCAAUUGGUUGACCGGACCAAUCAGCUGGUAGGCAACACUAUGUAGACCACCAGUCAUUGUGAAGGUGUGUGUUACUGCAUGCCAUUAAGCAUGUUUUAUUACAUGCAUCUUGUUGAGGUCAUAGUUGUUCCAAAAUGCCAAUGUCUGUGACAAAGGUGGCUGCUUUCUGUUUUCUGAGGCCAUGCCUUGUGAACCAUAGCUGGGGUUUCUGCCUUGGAGUAUACUAUGCCAGCAAUCGAAGUAAUUUAAUUACUGCCACCGAAGAUAUAAAUGAAGAGCAGCUUUUUACUUUCUGAGGCGAUAAAAAUUAGCAUUAUUUUGGUUCCUUGUUUAUUUCGUCAAG